AAUUCGGAAUUAAGAUUAGAAAGAGAAAGAUAGUGGACUAUUAUUUCUUGUUUGGCCAAUAGGCUCACAUUUCAUCUAUUUUUGUUUAAAUAUUCUAACCUUUGAAAUAUCAGCAAAUAUUUUGAUAACGUAAAGUGCCUAAGUUUCCUUAUCCUUAAAAGUAAGAUUAAUAAUUUGUGAAUUUACAUUUAUUAUAACAAAUACAACAUUUUUAGGUUUUUUUUUUUAUAAAAAUGAGUCACAUUGUUGUCAUUAGAGCGUACAAGCAAGGAGACGAGCUUAACUGUCACGAGGUUAUUAAGGAUGGAGUUAUCUCCUCAUUAAAUAGUGCCUUUGUUGGCAAUCUUCUCAAAGAAAUAACGUUCCAAGUAAUGAUUUUGUCGGCCGCGGUCAUGUUUAUAUUUUUUGGGAUGCCAUUCACCGUAUGUUUGUUAGUUGUACCCAUUGUUGUAAUAAUGACCUAUAUUGGUACAUAUUUAGCAUUUACUUCCAAAGUUAUGGAGGUAAAUCAAGAAAUAUCGAAUAUUGCACGGAUUUAUAUGUCAAAUGCAUUUUCUUGUUUUUGGGUAGCAGAAGCAUUUGAACCUUAUUUAAUGAGUCGCAAUCCUGCAGAUGUUUAUUAUACAGUAAUGAAUGAAAAAAAAUUUCGAGAAUCAAAUAUCGAUGUAUCUUCGCAAAGUAAAAGAAUCGUAGGGAGUAUUGGUUUGUUGAAGAGUCACAGUCUUGACAAGGGAGCUUGGAUUAAACGUCUCUGUGUUCAUAAACAUUAUCGACGCAAGGGUAUAGCAUCUUGCCUUUUAAAUGUAGCCGUCAAUUUUGCUAUUAAACAAGGUUACAGCUGCGCAAAUAUAGUUGCGUCAGAAUAUACCGAAGGUGGCAGAGAAUUGUGUCUUAAAAAGGGAUUUGAAUUGAAACAAAUGUAUCACAAACCUAUCCUUGGGUCGUUGAUUACAAUUUUAAUGUACGAGCUUACUUAUCAAAUUAAGCCUGGAGACGAUAACUAUUUUACUGUUUCUAAAAAGCUAUUUUCAUUUUGAUGAGAAAAAUAUGUUAUAGUUUUGUAAGAUUGAGUAAGCUUAAGUACGAAUAACUAAAAGAUAUUUAAUAUUUGCUAUAAUUCAAUAAGUUUCACGAUCAAGAAAGUACUUA